UGUUUGGUGGUUGGGGCUGUUCAUGUAUAGUAUUAUGAUAGGCCUUUUCAGAAGCACUUAUUGGUCAAUUCUAGAAGAAAUAAGAUAAGUCAAGGACAGAAUGGUAAAUAGGCUCCUACAUAGCUGGUUACAAAAGGAGUCAAAGGGAAACAGAAGAAGGGGGUGUUUGGUGGUUGGGGCUGUUCAUGUAUAGUAUUAUGAUAGGCCUUUUCAGAAGCACUUAUUGGUCAAUUCUAGAAGAAAUAAGAUAAGUCAAGGACAGAAUGGUAAAUAGGCUCCUACAUAGCUGGUUACAAAAAGAGUCAAAGGGAAACAGAAGAAGGAAGGAAAAUUGGGAAAGUUAUCAGCUAAGGCUGGGCCUCUAUCUUCCAGGGUUUGUUCUCUACCAUUGGUGCGAUGAGCUUGGAUCUGAUGCCGCAGACGAAAAUGGAACAAAGGGGUCGAUGCUGUGGAAAGAAACUUGGAAUCAAUGAGAGAGGAAAUCAAAGAUCUCAAGCUUCAAGGCUCAGAUUCAGAGCAAAAGAUGCCAGGAAUGAUGGAUGAAAUACUUCAUACUAGGCAACUAUUAGAUGAAAUCCAAUCCUUAUUGACGUCUUUGGUGAAGGAGAAAGCAGCACAAGAGGUAGAGCGGUCAUCACCACCACCGAUAGCCGAAGCCGAAGCCUAUUCUACCAGACUUGGAGAUUCCAAAUUGAUCCUUCCACCGCCGACAGCCGAAACAGAAGCCAGAUCUGGAAGUUCUCCCUCCUCGAGCUUUUUCACUAGAUGAUGUCCAGAUUGCUGCAAAGAAGGUCAAGCUCCCUAAUUUCAAGGGGGACGACCCUUUGGGCUGGGUUAGGCGAGCAGAGCAGUAUUUCAGCAUACAACAGACUGCUAAGGACCUCAAGGUAACGUUUGCCCUAGUCUGUAUGGAAGGUCAUGCCCUCAAUUAGAUGACGUGGCUGCAAGAAUGCCGACGUGGAGCAAUGUUCGCCGUGAGGUGCUUGCGCGAUUCGCGGGAGCUUUAGCUGCUAACCCAUAUGAGGCUUUGGCUACUGUAAAACAAAAUGGCUCAGUCGAUCUGUACAUCCGUGACUUCAUCGAGAAGUCUGCGCAAAUACAAAGUUGGCAAGAAGAAGCAUUCACAGGUCAAUUUCUCAAUGGCCUUCGAGAGGAGAUUAGAGCACACAUCCGUUCCCAUGAGACUAAGGAUCUGUAUGCGACAAUGACUCUGGCACAGGAAAACGAGCAUGAGCUCGAAUUAGUUACGAAGAAGACGAGAUUGCACAGUUCAAUCUCGACAACUUUUGGGCUCGGGUCGCGGGCUGGUGUGGCAAAUGCAGUGGGACGAUCUUUAGUCCACUCUUUCGGGUCAUCCGCACAACAGAGUGUUGCGUCGAGCUUGGCCGCAAAUGCGUCAUCGCGUGGGCAAGGCAAUUGGGCACCGUUGUCAAGAGGUGACAAACGAAUUCGAUCCAAGGUCAACUCAAAGACCAGUAGUGUGGGAAGCAGCACCAAUUCUCCCGCACAUCCGGCCACAUCAGCACGAAUUCGGCGUGUCCGUCAAUAUACUCAAAAAAAGUUCCAAGACCUCCGUUCAAAAGGGCUUUGUUUCUGUUGUCAUCAGCCAUAUAAUUCUCUCCACCAGCGUCCUAACAAAUCUCUACGAACCUUGACUUUAGGUGACGAAGAGCUUAACGGGGAAAGCCCUUGUACACUUGAGUUUAAUGAACAGUCUCAAGACUCUCCUAGUGAAGAUGCUUCACAACUACUCCAGUUGGAGUUACCAUAUUUUUCCAUGACUUCCACUCAGCAACCCAGCACUUUGAAGUUUCUUGGUAAAAUUGGGCAGUUUUCCGUCAUCGUUAUGGUGGACAGUGGCGCCAGUCAUUGCUUUAUAUCAAACACAACAGCUAAGCUCCAGAUUCCUAUCUCUUCAACACCAAAAUUUGGAGUCCGUUUAGGAGACGGCCACUGAACAGAGGCGUAGGGGAUUUGUCGAAAUGUUCAGAUUCAGUUGGCAUCUAUCUGCAUUAAGGUGGAUUGCUAUGUAUUUCCUCUCGGUGGUGUAGAUAUAAUAUUGGGAGUAUCGUGGCUCCAAACACUUGGUGACGUCAUGGCUAACUGGGCUACUAUGGUGAUGCAUUUUGCAGUAGAUGGGAACCAAGUGCAAAUCACAGGUGAUCCUUCUUUGAGCAGCACCCCAAUUUCGUCACACUUCAAGAUGUGUAAUUUGGCUUAUUAUUGUGGAAUGUCCUUGCAAUUGAGGAAAGCACCAUCGUUGGAAAUUCUAACAUACUGUCGCCAGAGUUACAACAGCUAUUAAAUGAAUUUUCUUCUGUUAUUACCGAACCCUCUGGGUUGCAUCCACAACGCACAACAGACCACCACAUUCCCUUGAAAGAAGGGGUUACAACUAUUAGUUGCCGCCCUUAUCGCUAUAGUCACCUUCAGAAGGAUGAAAUUGAAAGGUUAGUUGCUGAUAUGCUCGCCACCGCAGUUAUCCAGCCAAGUAACAGUCCUUUCUCAAGUCCUGUCCUCUUAGUGCGAAAAAAAAUGGUGGGUGGCUCUUUUGCGUUGAUUAUCGGAAACUCAACAAGGCUACCAUACCUAAUAGAUAUUCCAUUCUAGUCAUUCAAGAACUAUUAGAUGAAUUGCAUUGUUCUAAGUUCUUCUCUAAAGUCGACGUCAAGUCGGGUUACCACCAAAUACGCAUGAAAGAAGAGGACGUUCCCAAAACAUCAUUUCGCACUCAUACAGGUCAUUAUGAGUUUAAGGAGAUGCCUUUCGGCCUUAUGAACGCACUAGCUACCUUCUAAGCUACGAUGAAUGAUCUCUUCAGGCCUAUUCUGCGCAGGUUUGUCUUAGUAUUUUUUGAUGAUAUAUUAAUCUAUAGCAAGUCGUGGAUGGAGCAUCUACACCACUUACAUCUUGUUUUGAGUAAAUUGUUAGCGGAGCACUUUGUAACCAACAAAAAGAAAAGCCAUUUUGGCCAACAAUCCAUUGACUAUCUUUGAUCAUAUUGUGUCCCAAAGAAAGGUCUCUAUAGAUCCUCUCAAGGAAUCGAGUGUGUUGAAUUGGCCAACUCCAAAAUCUGUUAAAGCUAUUAGAUCGUUCUUGGGCUCACAGGAUACCAUAGGAGAUUCAUUAAAGGCUAUGGAGACAUUGCUCGACCUCUUACGGAAUUUCUUAAGAAAGAUCAAGCCGCCAAAUUCACUUGGAACACAGAUGCAAAUCUCGCCUUCUAGAAAAUAAAGCAAGCAAUCACGACGGCUCCCACCCUUGCCAUGCCUGAUUUUUCUCAAACAUUUGUGGUGGAGUGUGACGCUUCCAGUACUGGUGUUGGGGCAGUUUUGAUGCAGAAUAACAGACCAUUAGCUUUUUCUAGCAAACAACUAGCCCCUCGGCACCUUGCUAAACCAGCUUAUGAAAAGGAACUCAUGGCUCUAGUACUAGCCAUUCGACAAUGGCGACCUUAUUUGAUGGGCCAACACUCUGUAAUCAAAACAGAUCACAGCAAUCUUCAACACAUCUUGCAACAACAUGUCAACACACCAACCCAACAAAAUUGGAUUACCAAACUUUUGGGGUACGAAUUUGAUGUUCAAUACCAACCAGGUUCCACAAACAAGGCUGUUGAUGCCUUAUCUCGAGCCUACGGGGACUUGGAGUUAACAGCUAUUUUUAUUCCUUAUUAGGCUCACUGGAAGCAAUUGCAUCAAGAUAUCAAGCAAGACUCCUCCUUACAGUCCCUUCAUGAUCAAAUCUCUCACAAACCAUCAGCUUUUCCAAAUCAUCAGGUCAUCCAUGGCAAAUUAUUCUAUAAAGAUUGAUGAUUCCCUGCAAUUCUUCUUGAAUUCCCAGAUUGUUGGAAGAAUUUCAUUGCUCCCCACAAGAAGGUCAUUCUAGAGCUUUGCGCACUUACAAACGACUUGCAGGCAGUGUAUAUUGGUGAGGUAUGAUGGCUUAUGUCCAGAAAUAUGUAGCUGAUUGCUUAGUUUGCCAAAAGAAUUAAGUAUGAUACACUCUCUCUUAAGGGUCUUCUUCAACCCUUGCAUAUCCCUACUCAAGUUUGGACAGAUAUAUCACUGGAUUUCUUGUCAGGCUUACCUAAAUCAAAUGGUUGGGACUGCAUCUUAGUUGUGGUGGACUGGCUCUCUAAGUAUGCCCAUUUUAUUGGGUUAAAGCAUCAUUUCACUGCCAGGAUGGUGGCUAAAUUAUUCGCCAAAGAGAGUCCGCCUGCAUGGGGUUCCUCAUUCUAUUAGCAUCCUAAGCAUUGGAGUCGCUGGCUACCUUGGGCUGAAUAUUUGUAUAAUACUAAUUUUCAUGGGGCUACCAACACUACACCGUUCCCAAUCGUAUAUGGACGUCCUUCUCCCUCUCUCCUUCAAUUCAUGCCCGGGGAAUUUCAAGUCGCUACAGUAGCCCAGGCACACCAAGACAGAUCUGCUAUGCUCUAAGAAUUACAACACCAUUUAUCUAAGGCCCAGCAACAAAUGAUUCGGUCAGCGAAUAAGCAUAGACGGCAUGUGGAUUAUAGACGACAUGUGGAUUAUGAAGUUGGAGAUCCAGUUUUUGUCAAGCUUCGACCCUAUCGACAACAAUCAGUACAAUAACACUCUUCUCAGAAGCUAGCAUCUUGCUAUUUUGGCCCCUACAAAAUCACUCACAAGUUUAGCCCAGUUACUUACACAUUAGACCUUCCUCAAGGGUCAAAAAUUCACCUCAUCUUUCAUAUAUCUCAAUUGAAAAAGAUGGCAGGUUCCCACCUUGUUUCUCAAGCAUUGCCCCAUGAAUUAUCCUUAGAAGAAGAAUCUUAUAUCCCAGCAGCUAUACUCAAGGUUCAAAACCAAGGUUCUGGUUCUUUUCCUUGCCAUCCGGUACUUGUUCAAUGGCAAAGUCGACCACCAGAAGAGUCUUCAUGGAUGACUUGUUCCGAUUUUCGGGGACAAUUUCCCACAUCAAACCUUGUGGACAAGGUUUGCUCUAUCCAAGAGAGUACUGAUAAGCCUUUUCAGAAGCACUUAUUGGUCUAUUCUAGAAGAAAUAAGAUAAGUCAAGGGCAGAAUGGUAAAUUGGCUCCUACAUAGUUGCUUACAAAAGAAGUCAAAAGGAAACAGCAGAAGGGAGGUAAAUUGGGAAAGUUAUCAGCUAAGGCUGGGCCUCUAUCAACCAGGGCUUGUUCUCUAACAUAUUAUGGCAUACAAAUCUGAUUACAUGAACAACCAGCUAUUUAGGCCUUGUUUGGGUUAGCUUUAAAAAAAAGUGCUUUUUUUUUCAAGUUGUAGAAGCACUUAUUUUAAAAGUACUUUUGAGAGUAAGUUAAGUGCCUUUUAGUGUUUUAUGUUUGGGUAAGCUAAUGUAAAAGUACUUAUAUAUAUGUGAAGUUGUUUGGAUAUGGAUUUUUAAAAGG